GCUGUGUGUGAGAUGGAUCUCCAAGGUCUGCUGCCAGGUACCUCUUACCUGAUCCAGGUUCAGGCCAUCUCCUACUGGGGACAGAAACGCCUGAAGAGUGGUCGUGCCCAGCUCACCUUUACCACAAAAACUACAGGUUUGUCAUCUUUACCUGCCCCACCUGGUCCUGAGCAGACUAAAGGUCAGUUCUCCAACGAGCUCCCUUCCGCUCCUCACCUGGUCAACCCUGCUGCCCCCCACCAGGUCAACCCUUCGUCUCCCCACAACCUUCGCUUGGAAGCCGCUGCCCCACACUACCACAACGACCAGCUGCAGGUUAAGGUCUUCUGGAAGAGACGACACCAAGAAACCUAUAAGGACUCCACUACAUACGUCCUGAGGUGGUAUCCUCAUGUAUGUGCCAGCAACGUCAGCCAGACAGAGAAACAAGCCACUGUGCAGGGAACACAUUAUGUUAUCACGGGGCUGCUGUUCGCCUGUAAGUACCGGAUCGCUGUGGCGCUCGUAGCACCAGAGGGGGAUCAGAGGUCAGAAGCUGUUACUGCGGUAACGACCCCACCUUGUUCUGCGGUCAUGGCGAGAGGGGGCAAGGCCUUGCCCUGUGCCAGAGAAGAGCGCCCCCUGGUGUCCAAAAAGGUGGUACUGCGUCCUGAGAAGCUGACUGCAGAGUUCCACACGGUCAACGGUUCCCUGCAGGGCCUGUUCCGCUGGCAGCUCUCCCAGACUGCACCGGGGCAGACGCCCAUCUCAGGGUUCCAGUUCUCCUGGGUGCAGGUGUCCUCUAGCGCCAUGGCAACAGAAGGACAGGACACCCUGAUCUCUCAGACACAGAUAGUGGCCCCGGACCAGCGCUCUCUGACAGUGGAGUGGCUGCAGCCAGACAGUGUGUAUAAGCUACAGGUCCAGGUGCUGUCAGCAGGUGGCAGUGGCCUCUCAGUGGCCAGGACGCUCCAUACACCUCCCCUCAACACCACUCUGCUAUGAGGCUCCCGCCAACGUGCUUCAUCCUCUGCUGCUCGUCAUCACUAGCGCCGUAGUGUGUGUUCAGAACACCACCUCUACAGCCUGUAUAUGUGUCCACUAAAACACACACACAGACCCUGCUACACACACACACACACACACACCAAUGCCGUGCCAGUGCUGCACUGCUCUCUGUUGUCUUUAUCACACAGAGAUAUAUAUUGAGAUAUAUAUUGCAUGAUAGAGAUAUAUAUUGAGAUAUAUAUUGCAUGAUAGAGAUAUAUAUUGAGAUAUAUAUUGCAUGAUGAACGAAUCACCUUUCCCUGAAAGAUCAGGUGAAUCUAUACCAUGGCCGUUACACGUACAAUACACGUUUAAUGUUUAGAGAUGAUACUUUUCAGUCGUGUAUAAUGUAAUCCUAAUUUACACAUGUAAAGAAAAAAUAUAUAGCACUGAUGUAUGUAGUGAUACCAAACUGUCUGUCUUCUUCAUUGAUCUCUACACAGUAUGUUCCUGAAAGUAAAAUGGCGUAAAGCAGUUUGAAACCUGUUGUAGUUUAGUAUUUUUGUAAUAUUGCGCUAUAAGUUAUUAUUUCAAGCAUAUGAUAACCCCAGCAGUGACUUUGAUGUAUGUAACCCUCUUAUAUAUCGUUGUUCCAGUUUUAUUUAUUGUGUUGUAAUUAAAGAGUAUUGUAAUAUG